GCGGAGCCUUUCGGAGAAUGACGCCGGUGGGAGAGCGUUGGCGAGUUUCCUCUUGAUUCCGGUCGCUCCACAUACCGGGGAACAUCGCUCGACCGAAAAAAUGAAUUUGAAGGCUUUCGAUCUCAUCCCUGUCUCUGACAGUUUACGAGGAAUAGAGGGCCGUUCCCUGUUGAUUAGCAGUUUGGACAUGUGUGGAUCGAACCUCUUCAUCGGCUCUACAGAUGGGACCGUUUGUCGCUACUCGAUGACUUUCACCGACGUCGGCUUCGAUUGCCGACUUCCGACGGUGGACAAGCAGGUCGCGAAUUAUGCCGUCGCACCGGGGAAGUCCAUCAUGAAGCUACAUGCUCUAUCCGCCAUAAACCGGCUCGUUGCGCUCUCGAAUGAAGGGACCCUCUCUAUACACGACAUGUGGCAUCUCGAGCCUACGAAAGAUCGCCUGCGAAGCUUGACUACGAUGUGCUUGAACCCGAACCCGAUUCUGAGCAGUGCCGGAGAUGCCCUGUCUGCGCACCUUUGCGUGGCCAAAAAGAAACAAAUCCAGCUUUAUAAGCUCACCGAAGAACGACUCGUUCACCACAAGGAUUUCAAUGCCAAGGACACAGUCGUAGUUCUCGCAAUGGAAGGCAACACGAUUUGCUACGCAACGCCUUCGUGCUACUUCGUCUUCGACGUCACAUCGAAUCUUCAUCAAGAGGUCACAAGCUACUCAGCUGAGAGCGCUCCUCCACUAAUCAAACUCAUUCAGGGUUGCGAGUUUCUCGUCGCCGGACCCUCGAAUUUGGGAAUUUUCGCCUCGGGAGACGGCCACGCCACAAGACCACCGCUGCCAUUUAGUCAAGCAGUUACAAGUUGCGCCUAUUACCACCCCUAUGUCCUCUGUAUUAACGAGGACAGUGUGGUGGUUUACAGCAUAUUCGACCAGGAACCGAAGCAAACUAUAAGUUUCCCGGGCGGAGCAUGCUUGAACAACUUUGAGGGCAAAUUGAUGCUCUGUACGCAAGACAUCAUUUUUACCCUUCAUCCGGUCCCGUGGGACCAACAAGUGACGGAACUCCUCAAACAGAAGAAAGUUUCCGAAGCAUUAGAGUUGGCGAAAUACGCUCACAAAACUAGUCUCACGGCAGAGGAGCAGCGUGAAAUUAUAGCGCGAGUGAAACAGCAAGCCGGAUUCAUCCAACUGUCGGAAUUGAACUUCUCCGAUGCAGGACAGUUACUCGAAGAAGGCGCCGCUGACGCACGAGCCGUUAUCUCGCUGUUUUCCGCCGUUGCCUCCGAAAAGUAUUCAGUCAGAGAUCCUUUCAAUACUCCAACUAUCGAGUCGGCCUGCAGCUCCAACCCCGACAUGCGUAAGAACGCCUACCAGUUCCUAACGAACUAUCUCGAAGGGGCUCGGCAUUCCGUCCCGGAUGAGCAGAGGCAGGCCGUGGACACCGCGCUGAUCAAACUCUACGCGCUGAGGUCGAAGGCAGUGGAGGACAGCGACAUUCUCACCUCCAAGCUGCUUGAAAUGAUCGAAGAUAAUGAAACCGUCUGCGACAUUCAGGAGUGCGGAGAAUUUCUAGCGGAAAAGCUCAAACUCUACCACUACAACGCUCUUCUCAACUUCUCGCAGGGCCUUCAUAAACGUGGUCUGGAGGUCUGGGAGAAAUUAGUCAGAGAAGAACUAGUCGACCACAGUAUGGAGGAUUACGCACUUCUGAUGAUCGAUACGUUAAAGCGUCUCAGUGACAUCGAUCUUGUUCUGAAAAUUUCCAAGUGCGUCUUGGACAAGAAUCAGUCCAGUGGAGUCAGGAUUUUCAUAGAGAGAUCGAAGCCGAUCGACGACGAGGUCGUUCUGUCCGCCUUGCUCAAGUAUCCAUUAGCCACAAUGGAGUACCUGGAGCACCUGGUUCUGGAUCGGAAGACGCAGGAAGUCGCGUAUCACACGCAACUCGCCAACAUAUACCUGUCACACGUUUUGGAUUCCACCGCGGACGGCGUGACGCCCCGGGACUACCGGACGAAACUCCAGACAUUCUUGAGAGCCUCUGAUUUCUAUCUGCCUGAGAAAAUUUUGGAAUUAUGCACUGCCAACAAUCUCCACCCUGAGAGGGCUAUUCUUUACGAGAAACUCGAGCGGCACGAUGAAGCCCUGCUCGUAUUCGUCAACGAUCUGGGCGAUAUCGACUCUGCGAAAGACUACUGUCAGCGAAUAAGUACAAUCCAUCUGGAUCACGCCCUGAAAUGUCGACUCUACGGAACUCUUCUUAACAUUCUCAUGAACCCUGCAGCGAACUGUGAUAGCAAAGACGAGUUCCUCGAAGCGGCGAUCUCCUUGCUGAACGAUGAUGAUUCGGACUUCAAUAUGGACGAGGUUCUACGAGUUGUACCUAUCAACUGGCAGGUCACUUCGCUGGUCGAAUUUAUUACCAAAGGUCUGCGUAACUCACAUCAUAGACUGGGAAUGCUCCAAAUCAGAACAGCUCUCACGAAGUUGGAGAAUCUUCACGCACGUCAAAAGAAAAUCGCAGUGGAUUCCUUGCAUUUUCUAGUCAGAGAGAACAGAAUUUGCAGUGUUUGCAGUCGACCCCUUCUCUCUCCAGCUUUCGUGAGGUACCCGGACGGAACGCUAGUGCACUGCCACUGUUUCAAAUCGCAGAGACUGAUGCACAGCUGAAGUGCGCGUGGGCUCGCGGCCGCACCCGAACUGACUUGACGAUGUUCAGAUGAAUUUGAUUAAGUUAUGUGUAUUAAAAGAGGAUUUUAGUUGGUUACAUCUCAUUCCGAAUGUACCCCGCGAUAUAAUUGUUGAUGAAGCUUAUGCAACGGACUGAUUUAUGAGAACACAAGAAACUAGAACGUUAUAUCAGCUC